ACAUUUUCGUGUUCAUUUCUCAAUUUUGUCUGUGAUUUUUGUGGACGUGAUUCGUGAAUAUUUUGUCGUGAAUUGUUUGUACUUUGUAAUCGUAAUUAAUAAUUACGUUUCGUUGCUUUUUAUUCAGAAAUAAUAAAGAUAAAGUUAUGUCCGUAACAAAUAACGGUAAUUUCUUAUAGACCGUGUUAGCUUGAGAAUCUGCCCACAUAUUUUUUGCUGCUAUAAACAACAGGUAAACAUCUGAGUCAAAAUGGACGCCCAAGAUCAGAUGGAGAUGAAAUACAACACAGGGAAUGAGGUUGGAGGCCUGGAACUGUGUAUAGUCUGUGGUGACAGGGCGUCUGGACGACACUAUGGUGCUAUCAGCUGUGAAGGCUGCAAGGGUUUCUUCAAGCGCUCAAUCCGCAAGAAGCUCGGAUACCAGUGCCGCGGCAGCAUGAAUUGCGAGGUGACGAAGCAUCACAGAAACAGGUGCCAGUACUGUAGACUGCAGAAGUGUCUAGCGUGCGGUAUGCGAAGCGACUCGGUCCAACACGAGCGCAAGCCGAUCGUUGAGAAGGCGAAGGGCGAGCGGGAGGCGCACGAGAGACAGGCGGCCUACUCGAAAUUAUUGGGGCUCGCUAAUCAUAGUCAGGGACAGAUAACACCCAAGGAAGAAGCAAGCGAGGCCUUCGGUGCGGUAUCUCCAGCGCCAGCUCUGAAUUUUGCACUCGCAGCUGCAGUUGCAUUUAAUAAAGGAAACCCUGCCGUAUCUCCGUACCUCGGCGCCGGCGCAGGUGACGUGGAAGGCGCGAGGCGUCAACAACUGAUGCUGCAAACACAACUUGCCAAGAAUUUGUUCAAAAUGGGGCAAUUUGGUGCAAUAAACGAAUACUUACAAAAUGCGUACGGAGCGACUCCACCGGACGUGCCCAUGGCAUCCUUACACGCAGCUGACACGCAACAGAGUGAAGUGGAAGAAAUGGACAUCCUCGGUAGUCCCGAGUGUAUCGAGCUCCCGCUAACUUUGCCCCGCGGCCCCGCUCCCGCCCCGCUGCGCUUGCAUGCUGCGUGUGAAGGUGCUGCGCGGCUGCUAGCUGCGGUCGCGCGCUGGGCGCUCGCCCUGCCCGCGUUAAGGGCCAUGCCUUUCGAAGUACGCGUGAGCCUGGUGCGCGCAUCGUGGGCGGAGCUGUUCACGUUAGGUCUGUGCAAGCACUGGACCGCGCUCGGUAUGGACGCGCUGAUGCCGCUGAUGGGCGCGCAGCUGCGGGCCGAGCUGGCCGCGCGCCGCGACCCCGCGCCCGCCCCCGCACCCGACCCGCACGCGCCUGAGAUAAGCGCGUGCGACUACACGUCGGAGCGCGUGGCGGAGGUGGGCGGUGCGCUGGCGCGGCUGCAGCAGCUGGCGGCGCACCUCGCGCACCUGCGCCUGUCCGACCGCGAGCACGCGCACCUGCGCGCGCUGUGCCUGCUGUCGCCGGAUAACGCGCCCGCACCGCUAUCCCGCAAACUACAAUCACUCCAAGCAGCCACGCUUCGCUCGCUCCGCUCCACGUGUCUAUCCGCGGGCGACGAGUCCCGCGCGCUAACACUAGUGUUGCAACUGGCAGCACUACGAUCCUUCACACCGUCGUUUAUAGAGGACGUGUUCUUUGUCGGAUUCGUUGGUGACGUCAGCGUGGAUGAAAUUAUACCGUAUUUGAUGAAUGCGGAACGGUGAAAAUGUGGUUUUGGGGGAAAGGGAGUGUUUAAGUUGGGAAGUGUUCUUGAGGGGGGACUAAUAAGUGAUUAAUAUUAUUGACGUAUAAUAAACAACUAGACUUGCACGGUCAACAAUUCCUCGGUAUUUCAAAAAAAUUGUCCAAAGCAAAAAUCUGCCCAGUAUGUAUUAGGCAAGUUUCUUAAUGAGCGAUACAAUGGACUUUGAACCUUAAUGCUAUACAAUAAGGUUCAAAUAAUGUUUGUACAAUAUUACUACUACAUUUUUAACGGCUUUUUAAUAAGCAAUUGUGAGUCUAGUUGCUUAUAAUAUGUUAAUGUAACCUAUAGAUGAUGUUAUAGUAUAGAAUUAGGAGCCUCCUUUUUAGUAAAUGAGUUAUAUUUUUUGUGUUUUUUAAUAUGUUAUUUAUGAUUGACGCUCAUUUUGUCAAGAUUUUUUGUCAAAAUUAUAAGAUUAACACAAUUUCUGAUCUAUGUCUUCCCUACUGGCUUACAAUUUUUUGUUUUUAUAGAAUCAUAUCUAAAUCAGUUGAUGAUUAUGUAAAGGUUAUAGAAAAUAAUAAGAAUUACUAGAUAUUAUAAAAAAAUCGAUUUGUUUCAGGCUUAAAAAUUCAAUGUCAAUUUUUCCUAUCCUAAAUUUUUAUGUUAAGUUUAAAUUUAAAUUAAAAUACACCUAAAGCCUUGUUUCCACUUGAGCAUGCUCAGGCGAAUGAGCGGCUCAUUUGGCCGAGCCGCUCAAGUGGAAACAAGUCUUAAGUAGAUACAAUAUUAAAAUUAGUUAGUCAAAAUAAUUAUUUCAAAAAUUUACUGAGAAAUGUUUCGAAAUGUUGUAAUGUUUAACACAAAACAUUUUUUUAAAUAUAUUUAUAAAGACGUUUGAAUAUAAAACUGUGCUAUUUUUAUAUAUGAAGAAUUCUUUGUGAUUCUGUAUAAUAUUAUUAAAAAUAAGACUUAAUAAUUAAUGUUUAUGAAGUAGGUUUUUACUGUAGGUAAGUAUAAUAUGUUACAGCUGGCAGCUAUUACUUAACUGUGCCGUCCACAACGUGCUAAAAUAUGGUUAUAACUGUAUUUUUUGACUUUAUUGUAUGGAGUUUAAUUAAUAAAUAGAUAUAUCGAAA